UAUAGUCACUUCAAUGAUUUGAAUAUUGCUGUAGCCGUGGAAGAAUACAAAUGAAUCGAUACAUUUUUUAUAUUGAAUAUAAAAUAUAUGUUAUUUAUUUAUUUAUUUGUUUAUUUAUUUAUUUAUUUAUUUGUCUAUCUUGCAAUGGCAAAGUAUUGUGUACAGAAUCGAAAAGAACCUACGGAUGAAAUUAAUGAAAACAGAAAUUCUAUUAAUAAAAAAUCUAAACAUGGUGGAACUUCAACAUACAAUAUUAAGGAAUGUUUUGAAGAAUAUUCUUUAGAAGACAAAGUUGAAGCUUUAAAAAAUAUACUCUCUCAUAAUGGAAAGCUUAAACAAAAUGAACCAUCAAAUAUAAAUAAUAUAUUACAUAUUAAGAAACCAAUUGGUGUAAAAGAAUGCUUGCAAGCAAAUCAAGAAACACCAUUUCAAACACUUAUCUUUGAGCUAAAAAAUACUGUAAUGAAUAGUUAUUGGAAUAAAGAAGUUGGAAAAACAUGUUAUCAAGUUCCAAACCUUCCUGUUGGUAUGAAUCCACUGGAAACAACUUUUGGGAAAAGAAUUGAGCCUGGAGAGACUGUGGCUAAAAUUUUGCAUGAAGAAACGAAUAAAAAUAAUAUAUUAGAGAAAAAUAUUGUAGAGAUGUAUAAAAAAAGUCACAAUAGUUACUUACCUGGAGAGCAAAUCAAAAGACAUUAUAAGUCACCAUUUAAUGAGAAUUUAUACUUUGGAAAACCAAUUAAUAUUAGAGCUAAAGGUACAGGAGUGAAGAAACUCUUAAAAUGGAUUAAUGUUGAUACCCAUACAAUCAUUGAUCCUGAGUUUUCAGACUUUAAAGAACAUUCACGUUCUAAUGUCGAAGAAGAUUAUACAGAAAUAUUGCCAGCAGAUAAAAUUUUCCCGAUUUUAGCGAAAUAUAAAAUAUACGUAAAUGAAGUACUUUUAAUGCCAUUAUUGGAUCUUCUUCAAAUACGCAAAGGAAAAACAGUUAAUUACAGAGCAUUAUUGAAUCUUUUAAAUUGGAGAUAUGAUUUUCCUACAUUACCAAAAAUAGAAAAAUUACCUUUAGACUGCCAAUAUUAUAAUACUACAUAUAAUGAAACAAUAGGGAAUUUACAAGAAAUAAAUACUACAAGUAUUUCUGCAGCUGGAAUUUCAUCUAAAAACAUGGAAGAUAAUAAAACUACUGCUUAUAGUCUAAUAUUUCCAAACAUUUUCACAAGAUAUGGUCUUAGUCAACUAGAUCUCUCCAAAGUACAUAUUUUAAAAAACAUUAAUUUAUUUAGAUGUGUUAUUUGCUAUUAAUUUUUUAUAGCC